UCAGCCUGGAAUGAGGGAGUGAAUGUUCCGGGUCAGAAACUGGACUAAGAGGAAAUAAACUCCGGGAUAAGAAAAACGCCAAAUAAACGCCACUGAACAGACAUGUAACCGCUUACAAAGAGCGAUACGGCACACUUCUCAGCCUCUCAUUAAAGAUGUCGCGAGAAAGGUGAAAAAGCGGAAAGAAACUCCCGGGAUCAAAGCAGAAGUGGAGCGCGACGUUUUUAUUCCAUGUUUCAGUGCGCGAUACAUUCGCGUCGGAGAUCGAUAGAUUUGAAUGCGACACUUGUUGCGCUCUUUCGCCGUUCCUAGUUUCUCCAACUUGUUUAUUUGAGUUUUGAUUGCUGUGGCAACUUUUCCAGCAGUACGGAUUUAUCUAGGGCUAGGAACACCAUCCCGUGAUGUUUAACUGUAUCCCCCUGUGGCGGUGCAACCGUCACAUUGAGUCGGUCGAUAAGCGCCACUGCUCGCUGCUCUUCGUCCCGGAUGAGAUCUAUCGCUACAGAGCGAGUCUGGAAGAGCUUUUACUGGACGCCAACCAGCUCCGGGAUUUGCCCAAGCCAUUUUUCAAUUUGACUAAGCUGAGAAAACUUGGCCUAAGUGACAAUGAGAUCCAGCGGCUGCCGGGGGAUAUAGCCAACUUCAACCAGCUCGUAGAGCUAGACAUCUCUCGAAAUGACAUUAUGGAACUCCCUGAAAGCAUUUCAUAUUGUAAAACCCUCCAAGUAGCAGAUUUUAGUGGAAAUCCUUUGACAAGAUUGCCAGAAAGUUUUACGGAAUUACGGAGUUUAACAUGCCUUUCCAUCAAUGACAUUUCUUUACAAGCACUUCCAGACAACAUCGGAAACCUCUGUAACUUGGUAUCACUGGAACUCCGAGAGAACUUGCUGACUUAUUUACCAGAGUCUCUGUCUCAACUUCAUAAACUUGAAGAACUGGAUGUAGGAAGCAAUGAACUGUAUAAUUUGCCUGAGACAAUAGGCUGUCUUGUCAGUCUAAAAGACCUGUGGCUGGACGCGAACCAGCUGUCUGAAUUACCACCGGAACUGGGUAGUAUGAGAAGCCUUACAUGUCUGGAUGUAUCAGAGAACAAGUUAGAGCGCCUCCCAGAGGAGAUGGGAAACCUCCUCUCCCUCACUGACCUCCUGGUGUCCCAGAACCUCAUAGACGUGCUGCCGGAGGGCUUAGGUAAACUAAGAAGGCUUUCAAUAUUGAAAGCAGAUCAAAACCGAUUAGUCCAACUCCCGGAGAGCAUAGGCAACUGUGAAAGCCUGACCGAACUAGUGCUGACAGAAAACCAGCUGGUGAAUUUGCCAAGAAGUAUUGGGAAACUAAAGAAACUGUCCAACUUCAACUGUGAUAGGAAUCGACUAACGUCUUUACCAAAAGAGAUCGGCGGCUGCUGCAGUCUGAAUGUUCUGUGUGUGAGAGAGAACCGUCUGGCGCGCAUCCCUCCCGAGCUCUCGCAGGCUACAGAGCUGCACGUGCUCGACGUGUCUGGAAACAGGCUGCUGUACCUGCCCUUGACCCUGACCUCUCUACGACUCAAAGCGCUCUGGCUGUCAGAGAACCAGUCUCAACCCCUGCUCACCUUCCAGACGGACGUGGACCCCGAGUCUGGAGAGAAGGUCCUGACCUGUGUACUGUUGCCUCAGCAGCCCUGUGAAUCGGAAAAUAAAGGUUCGGAUAGCCUUGCCCGCUGUGGUGCUCUGGAGAGUCUGGUGGAGAGCAGCAUGCUGGAUGACACCUGGGAUGACAAAGCCACAAACAGAAUGAGCACCAUCCGUUUCAUGGAGGAUGAUGAUGAUGAGGAUGACGAAGAGAGAACACUGUUGCGGCGGGCCACGCCACACCCCGGCGAGCUGAAGAACAUGAAGAAGGUAGCCGAGAGCAUCCGAAAGGACAUGAACGCCGCCAAAGGCCUGGAUUCCAACAAAAACGAGGUCAAUAACGCUGUGGACCGAGUGACCACAUCUGUGUGACUGCUUUAACUCCGAGAUGUCUCUUACCCAGUGUGUCUGUCCCUGAAGCCCCCGCAGAGCCAUUCCUCACUGUUUUCUCCCAGGGGCUGACCACCCUUUUGCUCUCCUGGGACCACCAGAGCCCCUUUUCCAGCCCUGCUAACUUCAUCUGCUCCCGCCCUGUGUCAGGGACGAGUCCUCACUACUUGGUGCCUUCUUUUCUAAAGACCUCCAGAGCAAUAACCGGCAAAGGAAUGCACGUUUUUACUCUUCAGAUCCAGUGCUUUUCUUUGACACUCAAAAUAGGUAGUUGCACUACAAGUCUUAGCAUAAAUCUGUCAGAAUCUUUAAUAUAGAAAUAUGAAAUUUAUAUAUAUAUGCUCUAUUUUUUUAUUUUCGAACACUGGGUGCAUUUUCUUUCUUUUGGUGAUACACGGAGCCCAGGCGUUUUUGGACCUACUGAUUUUAAAAAUUAUUGUAUAGUUGCUUGUGAAUAUUGACAUUUUGUACGUGUGGCAGCUCAGGUGGUGUAAAUUUUAGAAACAAACAAACAAAAAAAAUGCGUAGCCAGUUUCUUAAUCAACGAACCUUCCCAUCGCUUGGACUUAAUUUUAGAAUUAAAAGCAUUCGAACAAAGUGAUGGAUUUUUAAUGUCAUACACGGUUAAUUCUUAUCUGAACGUGAGGGGGCAGCUUUGUAUUUCAUCGUCAGGUUUUUCUUCAUGACCCAUGCAGUUUUCAUUUGUGUGUAAAAAAAACAUGUUUUGUACUAAAAGUUAAUUAAAAGGGCUAAUGCAGUUCAGGACCAUGAGCUGAAACACUCCAACAUGAGGACCGAAGAGAGUGAAGGCUGUCCGACAGACCGGCGCUGAUAUUACUUAAGUAACCCGACUUCUGCUGCAGUACAAAUGUGCUUCCAGCUUUUUAAAAAGCAGGUACAAUAAAACUCUUUUGUAAUUAAGGGUAAGGGUAGUUAGUUAUUAUCUUUUGCUUUGGUUUAGGUGAGCAGCUUUUCCCUCCAAGUGCCAGAAUGCACUUUUGCAAGCAAUGCUAUCUUUUUUUUUUUUUUUUAAAUAUAUGUAUAUGGUACACUACGGACUUCAUUUUACAUUGUAUGUUUUCAUUUGUAUUCCAAGAAAGACAUGGUUUUUAAUGUUGAUUUUUAUCUUUUAAUUAUUUCUUGUACAUGAAGCUGCACAGAAAACAAUCGUAAACGGGCGCUGUUUCUGGGCCAGUACGUUUAUGACUUUAACCACUGAAAUAAUAAAAUGAUUUCAUGAAAGCA